AUGGUCUUCGUCUUCUUCUUCUUCCCCUUAUCGUCGUCAAUCGUCGUCAGUAUGUUUUAAAAGGUGUACCUUGUUUGUUGUUUUUUGUUCUCUCUCUCUUUUCUAGGUGCGUACGUUUGCCUAUAAAAGUUGGGGCCAAAGUUUUCUUUUUCAGUUAUCGACAUGAAAACCUUCCGCUCUCUUGCUCUCAUCUCGCUCGUUCUUAUAUCCGUCAACGGCACCUCGGUGCUCGGACGGUAUUUCAACGAAGAGGACGGCGUCCCGCUGGCCCGGACCGCACUCGAAGACGCCCGCGUUUCCGAUGCGGACGUCGGAAUGAAAUCGGUAGGUCCGAACCGAAAAUCAAACAAAAAUUGCGUGUUGCAGGACUUGUUUAUCGGAACUUUUGGCGGACGGCCAAUUAUUACUCGUCAGGAGAACACGUUUAUCGACCAGGAUGGGUAAGAGAUGGAUAUCACUAACGCGCCUGUCCGUCAUCCGAUUUUUAUUUUCCAGAGUGCCUGUACCAAUGCUGCCGUACCACGAAAAGUAUCACGGAAAGUUCCACAACGCCGCCGAUCAUCACACUUCUUACCAACGGUUUAUGGAGAGAUCACGCGGCGCGCCGCAGCCACUCUAA